AUGAGCUUCGCCAUUCCAAAUCACCAUCACAUGGUUGGCAUGUCAUCCAACUCGCUCGGCACAAAUCAAAACGGCGCUCAGCAUAGAACCAGCGGCGCUCAACUGUCUCCUACCACUCCGUCAUCUUUUUCAGAUGGGCACACCGGCCCACCUUUCACCGCACAUGCUGCUGUCCCAAUGUCAGCAGGUCUGCCUGCCACUUGCUUACCCAACAAUGCUGCAGCAAGCUCGUCAAAUCUGGUUGCAGAAUUUCUAAAGUCCCCGGACGAUCUCACCAAGAUCUCGGCGCUACGAAAGAAGCUGCUCAAGGAGCAAGUCAGCUUGUCCGCCAAGCUUAAGCUCGGAGCAAAAGAGCAGCUCGAAGCAACACGCGAUGGCUUGCUGAAGCUGCAGGCAACAAGAAAAGAUGUCGCAUCCAUCAGAGAAGCGUUUGCACAAGUAGAAGCGCUCUACAACAACGCAGAUAGUGAAGACGGCUCGAGAUCUUACCACCCUGAUGCCAACCGUUCUUUUCGCAUCAUCAGCCAAGUGUCUCAGAUUCACCGCAAUUUUGUCCAGACCACAAGCACACUCGAAAAGCUUGAUGCGCUCCCUGAUAAAAUCCAGACGUUGGCAGAGAUGCUGCAACGAGGUCGGGGUGACAUCAUGGGCCCAGCUGCGGACCUUCUGCCAUUACAUUUCCACCUCUCGCAGCUCGAGGCUUUUCGCAACGAGACAUUUCAGAUCGCACGCACUUGUUCUGCAGACGUACGGAGUACUGUGUCCGAGUUCUUCGCGCCGCUCGAUGGACUCAUCCGUGCUUUCGACGACUACAUUAUGUCACUUGCAGAGAGAACCAUGGACUUGGUCCGCGAAGGCCGGCACGCCGUGGUGGUCAAACUCAUCAAGAUCGUCGAAAAGGAGUCACGCGAGGAUGAACGUGCGGCAGCCAUUCGUCUCGCUAAACGUGCCAACCUCGAAGGCGCUGCACGCUUCCGUUCCGUAGUGGCCAAUGCACGUGUGAUCAAGCUGUACCGACCCAAGUUUGUCGAAGCAAUCGACCGGUCCACAGCCGAGCUUUUUGACGAGUGCUGGUCGCGCUUCGGCGCCAAAGACUCAAGCCUCGAGUUCCUCGCGCACCUCGACUGGAUCUAUGAUGACAUGCGCUUCGUCCAGUCGGAGCUGACGCCUCUGUUCCCGCAAGACUACAAGAUUUUGCGCAUGUUUGUCAAGAGCUACCAUAAACAUCUUGGCAACAUCCUGCGCGAACGCAUCCUCGCCAAAGAUCCAGAAGCUAGCGCGCUGCUGGAGUUGUAUCAGUUCACACAAGAAUACACCAAGACGAUGACCAAGGAAAUCGGUGCAGAAAAGGCAUGGCUCGAGCCGACACUGCUAGAGGGCAAAGAGCAAGGCAUUAUUGAUGAUUAUCUGGGCUUGAUCACUCGCAAGAUUGACGAGUGGACGGCCAACUUGAUGUCGGACGAGGUGCGCGAGUUUGUCGCGCGGCAGAAUCCGCCCGACGAAGACAACGAGGGGCUGUACGGCCUGCAAGGCGCGGCGAUCCUGUUCCAGAUGGUCAACCAGCAGAUUGAAGUGGCAGCCGACUCAGGCCAGGCGAGUGUGCUCGCCAAGGUUGUUGAUCAUACAGCGAAAGCCAUGCACUCGACACAGGCGACGUGGCUGCGCGUGCUCGAAAGUGAGUUCAAGAAGCAGCGCGAAGCAAAGUCGCCGGAAGAUGUGGUUGGCGGCCUGGUGGAGUACGUCAUCGCAUUGGCCAACGACCAGCUAAAGUCUGCCGACUACGCCGAGGUGCUGAUAGCAAGGCUCGAGCCAAUGGUGAGCAAAAAGUACCAAGCUGGCAUCCGCGAGGCGGUCGACAACGCGCUCAACGGUUUCCUAGAUGUGUCCAAGCGAUGCACACAAGUAUUGGUAGACCUGGUGUUUGCCGAUCUGCAACCAGCAAUCAAGGAUCUGUUCGUAUUCCCCGUGUGGUACUCGGAAGGUACCACAACGAUGAUCAUCGAAACGAUGCGCGAUUACAUGUCGGAUUACAGCGAGCGGCUCAAUCCGAACCUGUUUGACGUGCUAUGCGACGACAUGAUCGACCGCUUCCACGUCUCUUACAUUGGCGCACUCAGGCGUGUUGGCAACGGCAAGUUGCGCAUGCCUGCAGCGGGCGAGCAGAUGCGCAAGGAUAUCGAUGAUGCCAAGACACUUUUCCUCGCAUUCAAAAAGGAGCAGGAAGUCAACGACAAGUUUGAAGUGCUUGUCGCGAUUCAGGGUAUGCUGGCCUCUUCGGCAACCAUGGUAUUCUUGCCCUACUGGAGCUUUGCGAAAGCACACGGAUCCCAUUUGGGUUUCCUCGAGGCGAUCAUGAAGGCUCGAGACGACCUGAAGAAGGACGACGUGAAUGGACUCAUGGAGAGUGCAAGGAGAAAAGUCAAGAGCGAAGGGCUCAAUGACCUUGUUCCAGAAGCGGGCGGACCUACCGUGAUGAGCAGGGUAGCUCAGGCGUACGGAUCCAGCUUCGGAGGCGGCCUGCUUUCGAAUCUCGGCGGAGAGAGAGCGGCAGGGAUGGCGGCAAGUGCGACACAGGCGUUGGGUUUGACUGGUUGGAAGAGCAAAGAUUGA